ACAAUGAUAACUCCAGCACUAUAGUGUCCUUUUGGUAUAGAGUGGGGAUGUGGACUUUGGGUUCAAUGAAAUUUUUACUUGAUGCAACGUCUACAUUGAGCCAAGUAGGUUUAAGGGGUGAGGACCUUUUCUUUCAACAUCAUCUUCAUUGUUUUCUAGUUUGAGGCACUUUUAUGCACUAAAGUUUUCCCAUUAUUGCAUGAAGAUGCUCUUCAUGCAACUACAUUAUGCAAAUGGAUUCUUAACUUCUUUUUAUACUACUUUAAAUGGAGUGAGUAGCUAGCAUCCUUUUUCUCAUUCAGAUAAACAGAAUUCUUUUGUCGUCAAAAUUAGAGUUGAUUUUUUUCUCUGGAAGAUGACAAACUUCCAUGUUUAUUCAUUGGCAGAGCUUGAAGUACUGUUACUUCGUUAAAUGCAGAUUACUUUAACUUUUCUUAUUGUUGUAAAAUCCUCCAGAGCAUAGACAAUCUCUCCUGGUUAAGAUUGCGUCUGUCUGGGAAAUAGUAUUAGGUGCUUCAUUGCAAGCAUUGUUGAAGCAUCUUGCCUCUAAGACAAUUUCUUCUGAUAUGGAUCAACUUGUGGCCCUAUUCCAUCGGCCAAAUGAGUCAUUUUUCGUCAUUCCGCAGGUGGAUAAGGUAAUUGUUGUGUUUCCAAUGAGAUUUAAGGACUCCAUAGACACUGUUCUUGCAGCAUCUUUCCUUCAGGAGUUCAUUCAAGCAAGGCGGACUGCUGGUCUUAACAAUGCACCUCCUUGUUUGUGGUCCUCUUCUCCUCCUCUAGAACUAAAUAAAGCCCCUGCGGAAGCGGUAUCAGCAAAUGCUGGAUUUGUUUCUUUUGUCAUUUUCCCUCUGCAUGUAGAAGGCAGAAAAUUGGACUGUACAGUUUCAAGUCUAUCAAUUUUUCAUGCCUAUGUUAGCUAUCAUGUUAAGGUGAAUGACAUUUAGAAACAUGCUGAUUCGUAUACUUAAAUAAGGGCUUUAAAUGACCUUUGUCUGUCUGAUGUCAUUAACUUGUGCUGCACUACGCCACAUAUUUCAACGGAACUUCUUAAUCCAAUUAGUGUAAAGCCGAUUUUCAUAGACUUAAUCAACCAUAUCUUUG